AUGCACGGCCGAAUAAGUGGUCCCGUUUAUGCUAUUUACUACCCUGUGCUCGCAGCUGUUGGAGUUCCAGUUAAUUUGUUGGCGAUUGUGAUCCUGUCCCGAGGAAGAUGCGGUCUCUCCAGAUGCAUCACGCGGUACUUGGUGUCCAUGGCGGUGGCGGAUCUGCUGGUUGUAAUCUCCGCUGUCAUAUUCAAUCGGAUUGUUGGCAUUUAUUUUCCAUUUAGUUUUAUGUCCUUGACUCCGGCUUGUACUCUGAGCACGGUGAUAAUUUAUGCAGUAACCGAGUGUUCGGUCUGGUUAACGGUCGCUUUCACCUUUGACCGAUUCGUGGCCAUUUGUUGGCCGAAAUUGAAAACAAAGUAUUGCAGCGAGAAAACGGCGGCCGUGGUUGUCGGGACAAUCGGUGUGUUGAGUUGUUUGAAAAGCGCUCCCUGGUACUUUAUCUAUGAACCGCUGUAUACAAUUAACAACGUCUCCUGGUUCUGUAACAUAGUAUCCAGCUACUACACAUCAGUAGCAUGGACAAUAUAUGACUGGUUUGCGCGCAUUUUAAAUCCGGUGCUCCCGUUUGUCUUUAUUUUCCUGCUGAAUGGUCUGACCGUCAGACACAUUCUAGUUGCCAAUAAGGCUCGCGGGAGGCUUCGGGCUAAUUCCAAUGGAAAAAUUGUUAACGACCCAGAGUCUGAGAGCCGGAGGAAGUCCAUUAUUUUACUCUUUGCUAUCUCCGGUAGUUUUAUCCUCUUGUGGAUGACGUAUGUAGUGAAUUUUCUUUUUGUGCAAAUUUCAAAUGAACCAUAUUUCAGUGGUUCCAAUUUCAAUGACCCAAGGUUCAUUCGCCAAGAAAGUGGAAACAUGCUUCAGCUGCUGAGCUGCUGCACCAACACCUGCAUUUAUGUGGCGACCCAAAGGAAGUUCAGAGAGGAAUUAAAGACUGCGGCAAAGUACAUUGGCAAUCAAAUUGCAGCAUUGGUAAAAUAA